GAAAGUUUCACAAUCUAUAAUAAUCACAGAGAGGAGCAAUGAUGAAGAUGGAAGUUAGCAUUUUAUUUCUGUGUGUGUGGACCACACUGGCACAGGAUUUAAUGUCCCCAACAGUAGACAUCCUUGCCGAACUCAAAAAGAUUAAGAGCAUGGAGGAAAAGUUCAAUGCUCUAAAUGAUGAAGUCAGGGAACUAAGAAGCAAGAAUGAAGUUUUACUUUUGGCACUAAGGACAAAAGUAGCCUUUUCAGCCUCACUGUCAGCUACAGGAGGGGUCAAAUAUUUUGGGCCUCAUGAAGAAGCAAUCACUCUUGUGUAUGAAAAUGUAUUAACUAACAUUGGAAAUGCUUAUGAUGCCAAUACAGGAAUCUUCACAGCACCAGUAAAAGGAGUGUAUUUCUUCAACUUUGUGGUCUUCAAUCCUUAUGACAUUUCUACUGGUGUGAGACUGUUUAAGAACGGCAAUUUUGUGGUCGCAGCUACAGAUAACCCUCCCAAGCAAGACACUGAAGACACUACAUGCAACUCAGUUAGUCUUAUUCUUGAACAAGGGGACCGGAUACAUCUUCAGCUCAUUGAGAAACGUCGUAUCUACACAGAUUCACUGAGACGCAACACCUUCAGUGGACACCUACUUUUUACUAUGUGAAGUUUCUGCCUAUGUACAUUUCUAAAGGAUGUUAGUCCAAAUACACUGUUUCAUUCAGAUCAGAAAAAAAAACAAUCGAUGCUUGGUAAGAAAAAAGAAAAUCAAUCAAAUGUGACAAAAUUUAUUUAGUUUUAAUAUAUCCUAUAAAAAUCCUUUCAAAUUUGUACCAUUUUCAUUAAUAUUAAAACAUGUCAAUGAAAUGAUAUAUUACUUUGAUGUGUAGACAUGAACAAUUCUUACAUCAUAAAUAAAAUUCCAUGCAUAUCACAUGAUAUUGCUUGUAAAGGCAGGUAAAAGAAACACUGGGACACUUCUGAAAAGCUGUAGAAAAAUUAAUUUCUCUUUAACAUGAUUGAAUAAAACUGUGUUACUUACUACCACC